AGGACCUGCUCUUUGCGGCCAAGGGCCUCAUGUCCGCCAUCCCCUUCCUUUUGGAGCAGCAGAUGGGCCUGGGAGGCGCGGGCGCGCCGCCGCUGCUGCGCCGCCGCGUGCAGAUCGGCGGCCUCGGCGCGCGCCCCGAGCUCAAUGGAGAGCUCGCGCUGGCGAUGGCCUUCGACGCAUCUGCCGGCCGCUACACGGUCAUCCUCGAGCAGACGGGCGAGUGCGUGCGGGUCAGGCCCGCCAACCUAACCCGCACGGCCGAGGACGGUUACGCCGCGUCGCUGCUCUACCUGACGCUGCUGCCGUUUGAAGGCGCCAUCGUGUACGACGGCGUGAUUGCAGCGCCUGACGGCGGCGGCGCCAACAGACAGUGGAACGCGAGCUUCACGCGCGCGUGGACCGAGGGCCCGGGCAAGUCAUGGGCGGCCAAGGUCAACGACGCGGCGGCGGAGCUCCGCCGGCGCGAUCCCAUCCGGGCGCUCUUGCCGGAGCACGCCCAGCUCAUCUGCUCGCGCUGGCGCGGCGGCCUCGCCACUCACAUGGGCGCCAACAUGCCCUCGGCGAUCCGGGGCCAGACGCUGUUCUUGCCCGGCGAGCUCGAGUUUGUGCCGCCCGAGGAGGUUGGCCCCGUCACGUCCACCCCAGAGGCGGCCAACCACCGCGAGUGGUGGAGCGCAGAGUGAGCGCAGAUACGAGAUACGAGAUAGAUAUGGCUGGAAUUCAGCGAUAGCUUACUCGUACCUCC